AUGGCGCUGGGCCUGGUGUGUUCCCUCAGGCCGAGGCCUUGUGGGGCCGCCCGCCUGAGGACGGUCCUUACCGGGCUUUGGAGAGGCCUCAGUUUCCGGCUGGACGAGAAGACCGCCCACAGCAGCCUGGACCUCUUCAAGGGGGAGACGGGUGUGAAGUACCGGGCAGUGGGACUGGAGCCCACCAAGGUGACCCCCAACAUGGAGCGCUUCCGGGAGUGGGCGGUGGUCCUGGGUGACACGGCCGUCACCAGCGGCCGCCACUACUGGGAGGUGACCGUGCGGCGGUCCCGGCGUUUCCGCAUCGGCGUGGCCGACGUGGACGUGUCCCGCGACGGCUGCAUCGGCGUGGAUGAGCGCUCGUGGGUCUUCGCCUUCGCCCAGCGCGGCUGGCACGCCAUGCAGGCCAAGGAGAGCACCCCCCUCGUGGGCAUCGGGCAGCCGGAGCGAGUGGGGCUGCUCCUGGACUUUGAGGCCGGGCAGCUGGGCCUCGUGGACGUGGGGCGAGGCACCACGGUGCACACCCUGCACGCGGACUUCCGGGGCCCCGUGGUGCCCGCCUUCGCCCUCUGGGACGGGGAGCUCCUCACCCACUCGGGGCUCAAGGUGCCCGCGGGCCUCUAGCCAGGUGGGGGGGCCAACCCUGUCCUGGGCUCCCACCCCGGGGCAUCCUCAGGUCACAAACCCGGUUACCCCUUCCGACUGCCCCGGCGCUUGCCCCCACAUACGGGCAGCAGUGCAACAUACCGUCACCCCCUUCCCUGGCCCCCCGGGGCUAGAUCAGCGGGUUCUCCCGGCUGGGUAUUCCAUCCCGGCCCGCUUAGUACCGCCCGGGCUCGGCCUUCGCUCGGCUUUAAGCCCCCCAACACUACGGCUACGCCCUAGGCUCCGGCCACCCACCCCGACUACCUCUGGCCGGCGGAGAGGACUCCACCCUUUCUCGUCGCUGCCUUUCUGGGGUGAACAAGGCCCCAACCUUGUCUCAGUGCAGCGUCGAUGCUGUACCCCCAAAGACCUCAUCCUCGGCCCAGCUGCCUCCGGGGGCCUGCCUUAACAGCACUGCGGACUUUCUUCCCCCUCCCCUGUCCUGCCUUAACAUGCAGCCUGGCCCAGCUAGAGGGGGAGAGACAACGUACAGCGCGGGCUGGGAAUCCCUCGCUUCCCACCCCGCCACUGGGAUUUCUGGAAUUGCAGGGCGGGAGUGCUGAGGGGCUUCCUCCCCCAACUCCAACUCUGUAGCAACCAAUCAAAGACCUUGAGCAUCACCACUACAAGUAGCUCGUGGGAUUGUGUUUUCUCUGCGUGUGUGCGUGCGUGUGCGCUAGUCUGGUCACACGGAGCCCAGACCAUUUUUACCUCGGCUGCUGCAAAGCACGGAUUUAUGUAAUUAAAGUUUAUUUGCACACAAAA